CCAGCACGUGGGAUGCUGCGGCCCGGGACCACAAUUGUCAGAGCCGCCCCUCUAGACUGUCAGGUUCACUCAGCAGUAAGAGGCAGGUUGGGAGUCUUCUCUAGCCGAUGUCGGGUUUCUCAGUGCACGCUUCCUCCUCGGCGCCGAUGUCAGAGAACCUGCCUCCUAUGGUCUCCAAGAGCGUAACUUUCGACAAGCAUGGCCCAGAAUCCACGGACAACAGUUCUUCAGUCACUGAAGAAAAGACGAAGCGUGCGAAAAAAGGCAAAGCGUCCAAGACUGUUCCUGACCAGCCCGUGAAUCCUUUCCACCUAUCUGGGGAUGUGGACUUCUUCUUGCUCAGAGAACAGGAGCGGAACAAGUCUCUCCUGGACCGGGAGCAGAAGAAGAAGCUGCGGGUGCACGAGAAGAUGACCUACUCAUCCAAAGUGUCCGCCAAGCACACCAGCCUGCGCCGUGAGCUGCAGCUGGAGGACGAGACAGAGGAUCAGGAAGAGCGAGCUGAGCAGCUGCGCAGCUUCCACGAGCAGGUGGCCUGGAAGCUCGCCAUGACCCGAGAAAAGAAGCUGGAGCCCAACGACAUCAACAGCUACGUGGACCAGAACCGGCAGAUGUUUCUCAUCCAGUACGCCCUGGACAUGAAGCGGAGUGAGAUCCAGCGGCUGGAGAGGCUGGCGGCCCAGGAGGAAGCCGAGCUGGAGCGGGCGGAGAAGUUCCUAGAGAAGGACGCGGCCCUGUUCGACGAGUUCCUCAGGGAGAAUGACCGCAGCUCUGUGCAGGCGUUGAGAACAGCUGACAAGGAGUCCAAAGCCAAGAUGGAGAAGAUCCUGGAGAUUCGUGAGCUGACCACCCAGAUCAUGAACAUCAAGAGCGAAAUCUCCAAAUUUGAGGACAUGCUGCAACAGUACAAGGUCUACAAGGACUUCCUAUACAAGCUGUCACCCAAGGAGUGGCUGGAGGAGCAGGAGAAGAAGCGCUUGGCUCUUAAACAGGCCAAGGAGGUGGUGGAGGCCUUCAAGGAGAGCCUGCUGCUCUCUGUGGGGGACAGAGGAUCGGAGACCAAGGGCAAGCUGAGCUCCAGAGAGGGGCAGAGCCCGAGGAAGCCCGCCAAGCUCCUGCAAGUGAUGCGGCUGCGCCAGGCACUGUCCGCCACUGUCAGCCAGCAGCAGGGCACCCUGCCCAGCGUGUCCAGCGGGGUGGAAUCCGAAAGGUCCAGCUCCACCCUCCCUGUGCAGGAUGACCUCGACAGUGAUGAUGGGGAGGAGCUGGAGCUAUACUUCACGGAUCCGCAGCAGCUCCUCGACGUCUUCACGAAGCUGGAGGAGCAGAACCUGUCCCUGGUCCAGAACACCCAGGAGAUGGAGGAGGCCCUGGAGGAGCUGAGCUUCACCCUGAAGAACACCCAGACCCGCAUGGACCGGGAGGUGAACCAGCUGAAGCAGUGGAUCACCACGCUGAGGAUGUCCAUCGCCAAGGAGGAGGAGACGGCUGCGGAGCUGGAGCUCAAAGCCCGCGUCUUCCAUUUUGGCGAGUUCAAGGGUGAUCAGGAGGACAAGCUGCUGGAGAGUCUGAACUGCAAGGUGCUGGAUGUCUACCGGCACUGCGUGGGUGGCCAGCAGGAGUCCAGCCUGGGCACCGUGCAGAUGCUGGCCACCAUCGAGCACCAGCUGGACGAGCUGCUUGAGAACCUGGAGCGCGUGCCCCCGGCCCGCAUCGAACAGGCCGAGAAAGCCAAGGAGAAGGAGAGGCGCCUCCGACUCCGGGAAGAGAAGGCGAAGCUGCAGAAACAGCUGCAGGAGGAGCGACUGCUGCGUGCACAGGCGCGGGCCCAGGCCGAGGUCAAGAAGAAGCGGGGCAGGAGGCUAGUGUGCCGAUCGCGGCCACCCGCCCUGAAGACCAAGGAGCAGUCCAAGCACGAGCUGAUGGACAAGGACAGGGAGGAGCAGCUGUUUUUCUUCACGUAGCGCGCGGGCCUCCUGCUGGCUGAGCAGAAGCAGACCGCGGCGUGGGGAGCAGAGGCAGAGCCUGCACCCCAGCACGGGCCCCUCACCCCCCACGCUGUGCCUUCAGACUCACCUGAAAUAAAAGCUGUGUCGCUUGGGUACCUCCAGGCCUGUCUCAGGAGGCAGACAC